AUGUUGGUGAGAGCUGAAGAUAAUAACACUUUUGAUCUCAAUAACUUACCUGAUGAUCCUUCCAUUCACUUUUUCCCAUUCUUUAAAGAAGGCUCAUCUUCAUCUUCAUCUUCUGGAGCGUUUAGAGAGAAGCAAAUCAAAGAUGGAAAAGAGUACGAAUGUAGAUUUUGUUCACUCAAGUUCUUCAAAUCUCAAGCUCUCGGUGGCCACAUGAACCGCCACCGUCAAGAGAGGGAGACGGAGUCACUUAACAAAGCUCGUGAACUUCUUCGCAACAAUACGUUUCCUCCUCAUCAAGGACCUCCAUCAUUUAGUUAUCAGCAUGGCGAUUUGCAUAUAGGAGACCCAAUAACACCAUACAAACCAAUGAUGUAUCCACCAAGAUUGUUCUCUCCCUCCGCACCUCUGCCGCCACCGCCACCACCACUUGUGCAACCAUAUCUUUAUCCACCACGGUCUCCUACGCCACCGUUAUCGCUUCCUUACCGUCGCACAGACUACUAUUUGCACAACAAUGGUACACAUCACCAAACCCUAACCAAUAGCGGUUGCGGUGGUCGCUCACCGCCUGAAUCGGGAUACAACUUCAUCGGUGCACCCGUGGCUAAUGGCUCUAGGGUUGCUCCUCCUCUUUGGCGGCCUCUGCCUCCACAUAAUGGUUAUAAUUAAGGCAGCGGAAUAAAUGAGUGUGUUUUAAUAAAAUUUUAUCCAUUAAUGUUAGAUUUUAUCCAUAUUUGUUGGAAUAUCGAAAGAGACAUGCCAAAGUAAUUGAUAAUGACAAUAAGUGAAAUUCACACUGGAGAGGGAGUGUUGUAUUUUGGAGUUAUGUGAGAAGUUUAUAUUUGU